AUGACUGUUGGAUUCUCCUUGAUUGUUGACACUGUCCCUUCUAAGAAUAGAUGGACAGCCCAGAUACUGUGCUACAAAUAUUUGGAAGCAUUAUUCACGGGCUGCCCUGGGCAAGAGCCAGCUCUGUUUAGCACUGUUAAUGACGACUUCACUGUGCAGAAUGGCGAGACAGUCCAGGACAGAAAGUCACUGAAAGAAAGGAAUCCAUUGAAGAUCUUCCCAUCCAAACGUAUCUUACGAAGACACAAGAGAGAUUGGGUGGUUGCUCCAAUAUCUGUCCCUGAAAAUGGCAAAGGUCCCUUCCCGCAGAGGCUGAAUCAGCUCAAGUCUAAUAAAGAUAGAGACACGAAGAUUUUCUACAGCAUCACGGGGCCGGGGGCAGACAGCCCCCCUGAGGGUGUCUUUGCUGUAGAGAAGGAGACAGGCUGGUUGUUGUUGAACAAGCCACUGGACCGGGAGGAGAUUGCCAAGUAUGAGCUCUUUGGCCACGCUGUGUCAGAGAAUGGUGCCUCAGUGGAGGAUCCCAUGAACAUCUCCAUCAUCGUGACCGACCAGAAUGACCACAAGCCCAAGUUUACCCAGGACACCUUCCGAGGGAGUGUCUUAGAGGGAGUCCUACCAGGUACUUCUGUGAUGCAGGUGACAGCCACAGAUGAGGAUGAUGCCAUCUACACCUACAAUGGGGUGGUUGCGUACUCCAUCCAUAGCCAAGAACCAAAGGACCCACACGACCUGAUGUUUACCAUUCACCGGAGCACAGGCACCAUCAGUGUCAUCUCCAGCGGCCUGGACCGGGAAAAAGUCCCUGAGUACACACUGACCAUCCAGGCCACAGACAUGGAUGGGGACGGCUCCACCACCACAGCAGUGGCAGUAGUGGAGAUCCUCGAUGCCAAUGACAAUGCUCCCGUGUUUGACCCCCAGAAGUAUGAGUCCCAUGUGCCUGAGAAUGCAGUGGGCCAUGAGGUGCAGAGGCUGACAGUCACUGAUCUGGAUGCCCCCAACUCACCAGCGUGGCGUGCCACCUACCUCAUCGUGGGUGGUGACGACGGGGACCAUUUUACCAUUGCCACCCACCCUGAGAGCAACCAGGGCAUCCUGACAACCAGGAAGGGUUUGGAUUUUGAGGCCAAAAACCAGCACACCCUAUAUGUUGAAGUGACCAAUGAGACCCCUUUUGUGCUGAAGCUCCCAACCUCCACAGCCACCAUAGUGGUCCAGGUGGAGGAUGUAAAUGAGGCACCCGUGUUUGUCCCGCCCUCCAAAGUCGUUGAGGUCCAGGAGGGCAUCCCCACUGGGGAGGCUGUGUGUGUCUACACUGCAAAAGACCCUGACAAGGAGAAUCAAAAUAUCAGCUACCGCAUCCUGAGAGACCCAGCAGGGUGGCUAGCCAUGGACCCAGACAGUGGGCAGGUCACUGUUGCGGGCACCCUAGACCGUGAGGAUGAGCGGUUUGUGAGAAACAACAUCUACGAAGUCAUGGUCUUGGCCGUGGACAAUGGAAGCCCUCCCACCACUGGCACGGGAACCCUCCUGCUAACACUGAUUGAUGUCAACGAUCAUGGCCCAGUCCCUGAGCCCCGUCAGAUCACCAUCUGCAACCAAAGCCCUGUGUCCCAGGUGCUGAACAUCACGGACAAGGACCUGUCCCCCCACACCUCCCCUUUCCAGGCCCAGCUCAUAGACGACUCAGACAUCUACUGGACGGCAGAGGUCAACGAGAAAGGUGACACAGUGGUCUUGUCCCUGAAGAAGUUCCUGAAGCAGGACACGUAUGACGUGCACCUUUCUCUGUCUGACCAUGGCAACAAGGAGCAGCUGACAGUGAUCAGGGCCACCGUGUGCGACUGCCACGGCCAUGUCGUGACCUGCCCUGAUCCCUGGAAGGGGGGUUUCAUCCUCCCUGUGCUGGGGGCUGUCCUGGCUCUGCUGCUCCUCCUGCUGGUGCUACUCUUGUUGGUGAGAAAGAAGCGGAAGGUCAAGGAGCCCCUCCUACUCCCAGAAGAUGACACCCGUGACAACGUCUUCUACUAUGGCGAAGAGGGGGGUGGCGAAGAGGACCAGGACUAUGACAUCACCCAGCUCCACCGAGGUCUGGAGGCCAGGCCGGAGGUCGUUCUCCGCAAUGACGUGGCACCAGCCUUCAUCCCCACACCCAUGUACCGUCCUCGGCCAGCCAACCCAGAUGAAAUCGGCAACUUUAUAAUCGAGAACCUGAAGGCAGGCUAACACCGGACCCCACAGCCCCGCCCUACGACUCCCUCUUGGUGUUCGACUAUGAGGGCAGCGGCUCCGACGCCGCGUCCCUGAGCUCUCUCACCUCCUCCGCCUCUGACCAGGACCAAGAUUACGACUAUCUGAACGAGUGGGGGCAGCCGCUCAAGAAGCUGGCAGACAUGUACGGUGGCGGGGAGGACGACUAG